UAAGCCACGGGCCCCCGAGCUGUUAGAUACGAGCCUUCUAUUCACCGCCGGAAGUUGACCUGACUCCAUGCUUGUCGAUACUGACGUCACGUGUCGUUAGCUCGUCACUAAAGUCUCAAACCCAGGCGUACUGCAGUGCUUAUAAUCAGGUUUAAAACGAUUACAGACUUGCUUUUGUUGACUCUGAGUAGCUUAAAGUGAAAAUUAGUAAUUAACGAGCUCGGACACGAACGAGAAUCCGUGAAAGUGAUAGUUUUUAAAAAUUUGUAACCCGGUGUCUCGACUGAAUUCAAAAUGGCCGCCGUACAACGAUCGCGUUCUUGUUCUGGCUGAUGAGGUCAUAUAUCGCGAUAGAUAUUGUUUUCUUUUAUCAAUUGGCCUGUUAGCGAAGUUGCUGCGUACGUCGAGUACGUCUGUGGAUAAAGUUUAAUCGUGACGCGACCUUGCGGACGAAGAUUCAGCCCACGAAGUAUCAGCAUCAAGGCUAAACGACGGACCUGGAUUGUAUUUUUUCCCGCGAUUUACGGGAUAAAGGAAAUUUUCACCGUCACGAGUUCCGAUGCAAGCCCAGCAGCAACAGCAAGGACACCAGCAAAUUGCCGGAACAAAUGUCAUACUUAAAAUGAAUGAAAUUCAGCAGUUGUCAACAGUCGGGUUGUUGGAAUUGGCGCAUAGAGAGUACCAGGCAGGAGAUUACGAAAAUGCGGAAAGACAUUGCAUGCAGUUAUGGAGGCAAGAGACCAACAACACUGGCGUUCUUCUUCUCCUGUCUUCUAUUCACUUCCAAUGUCGAAGGCUCGAUAAGUCUGCACACUUCAGCUCACUGGCUAUAAAGCAAAAUCCGUUACUCGCGGAGGCGUACAGCAACUUGGGUAACGUUUUCAAAGAGCGUGGCCAGCUACAAGAGGCUUUGGAAAAUUAUCGUCAUGCUGUCAGGCUCAAGCCCGACUUCAUCGAUGGGUACAUCAAUCUCGCAGCUGCAUUGGUCGCUGCCGGUGAUAUGGAACAAGCAGUCCAGGCCUACGUUACCGCUCUGCAAUACAAUCCCGAUCUCUACUGUGUGCGCAGCGAUCUUGGUAAUCUUUUGAAAGCAUUAGCAAGGCUUGAUGAGGCCAAGGCUUGCUACCUGAAGGCCAUCGAAACCAGACCUGAUUUCGCUGUGGCUUGGAGCAAUCUUGGCUGCGUCUUUAAUGCUCAGGGUGAAAUAUGGCUGGCAAUACAUCACUUCGAGAAGGCUGUCGCUUUGGAUCCUAAUUUUUUGGACGCUUACAUCAAUCUUGGCAACGUAUUGAAGGAGGCAAGAAUAUUCGACAGAGCCGUUGCUGCCUACCUACGAGCACUAAAUCUCAGCCCGAACAAUGCAGUCGUACAUGGAAAUUUGGCCUGCGUCUACUACGAACAGGGACUCAUCGAUCUUGCGAUCGACACUUAUCGCCGGGCGAUUGAACUUCAGCCAAACUUCCCAGAUGCUUAUUGCAAUCUGGCGAACGCGCUUAAAGAAAAGGGCCAAGUCGUUGAGGCCGAGGAAUGUUACAACACGGCAUUGCGUCUUUGCCCGACUCACGCAGACUCCCUUAACAAUCUGGCCAACAUAAAACGAGAACAGGGAUACAUAGAAGAGGCGACACGUUUGUACUUGAAGGCGUUAGAAGUGUUUCCCGAAUUUGCGGCGGCUCACAGCAAUUUAGCUUCAGUUUUACAGCAGCAAGGAAAACUAAACGAAGCACUAAUGCAUUACAAGGAGGCAAUACGCAUACAGCCAACUUUUGCUGACGCGUAUUCAAACAUGGGAAACACCCUGAAGGAGAUGCAGGACAUCCAGGGAGCCCUUCAGUGUUACACAAGAGCUAUACAGAUUAAUCCUGCAUUUGCCGAUGCCCAUUCAAAUUUGGCAUCGAUUCACAAAGACUCCGGAAAUAUUCCCGAGGCUAUACAAUCUUACAGAACCGCUCUUAAACUGAAGCCGGAUUUUCCUGACGCUUAUUGCAACCUCGCUCAUUGUCUACAAAUCGUUUGCGAUUGGACUGAUUACGAGGCCAGAAUGAAGAAGCUCGUAUCCAUUGUCGCGGAACAACUGGACAAGAACAGGCUGCCCAGUGUUCAUCCUCAUCAUUCCAUGCUUUAUCCGCUUUCUCACGAAUUCAGGAAGGCCAUCGCCGCCAGACACGCAAACUUGUGCAUCGAGAAGAUCCACGUAUUGCACAAACAGCCCUACAAAUACCCACGGGAAAUUGGAUCACGUCUAAAGAUUGGCUACGUGUCAUCCGACUUUGGAAAUCAUCCGACCAGUCACUUGAUGCAAUCGAUUCCCGGUCUUCACGAGAAGAAUAACGUUGAGAUAUUUUGUUAUGCCUUGAGCGUUGACGACGGCACAGCGUUUCGUGCCAAGAUAGCGAGGGAAGCAGAACAUUUCAUAGAUCUUUCGCAGAUUCCGUGCAAUGGCAAAGCCGCCGAUCGUAUAAACGCCGAUGGAAUUCACAUUCUCGUCAAUAUGAACGGCUAUACCAAAGGUGCCAGGAAUGAAAUAUUCGCUCUCAGACCCGCCCCUGUUCAAGUUAUGUGGCUCGGCUAUCCAGGAACUUCCGGUGCCAGCUUCAUGGACUAUCUCAUCACAGAUGAAGUCACUUCACCACUUGAACUCGCCAAUCAGUACAGCGAAAAACUCGCUUACAUGCCGCAUACAUAUUUUAUCGGAGAUCACAGACAAAUGUUCCCCCAUUUGAAGGAACGUUUGAUUUUAACGGACAAACUGAACUCUAAAGGAAAGGUUGCCGACAACGUGGCGGUGAUAAACGCCACCGAUCUUUCCCCGAUGAUGGAAAGUACAUUGAUAAAAGAAAUCCGCGAGGUAAUCGUACCGGAUUCUAAGAAACCGUUAGAAAUUUCACUCAAAGUUGCCGAACUACCAACGACAACACCGAUCGAGACAAUGAUCGCUUCUGGUCAGUGUCAAAUGUCCGUGAACGGGGUAGUCGUUCAGAAUGGAAUGGCGACUACGCAGGUUAACAACAAAACCGCAACCGGCGAAGAGGUGCCGCAAAAUAUCGUCAUCACAACAAGACAGCAAUACGGACUGCCGGAGGACGCGGUUGUCUACUGCAACUUCAAUCAACUCUACAAAAUCGAUCCUCUCACUCUUCACAUGUGGGCACACAUUCUGAAACACGUGCCGAACUCUGUUCUUUGGCUACUUCGAUUCCCAGCUGUCGGAGAACCGAAUCUACAAGCCACAGCCCAGCAACUUGGUCUUGCACCCGGUAGAAUUCUGUUCAGCAACGUCGCUGCGAAAGAGGAACACGUGAGGCGUGGACAACUCGCCGAUGUCUGUCUUGACACCCCUCUCUGCAACGGUCACACGACGAGUAUGGAUGUUUUGUGGACUGGAACACCGGUCGUUACACUGCCCGGUGAAACUUUAGCAUCUCGUGUCGCUGCUAGCCAAUUGAACACUCUUGGAGCCCCCGAACUUGUCGCAAGAACGCGCCAGGAGUAUCAGGAUAUCGCAGUGCGGCUUGGAACCGAUCGUGAAUUUUUGAAAGGGAUUCGCGCCAAAGUUUGGAAGGCACGAUCAGAGAGUCCACUGUUCAACUGCAAAAUGUAUGCACACGGGAUGGAAAUGCUGUAUCAUCGAAUGUGGGAGAGGUACGCGCUAGGAGAGAAGCCGGACCACGUAGCAGCUAUCGAGAAGUCAGAAAACCAGAACCAAAUGUCCGACUAGAUAGGCCAUUUGGAAUACGGUCGAUGACCGUUGUUUCUUUGCUGUUGUAUUCGAUCUCUGGAGAGUAAUUCUUGCAAUCUGUUUACAGCGACAGUUACUUGGCGAGCGCACUUAGCCUAGUUUAACCUAGCCUCGACCUCCUACUGUGAAAGCUUAGCCUUCUAUUCAACGCGCGCAGUGGUUCUGAUGAUCGUCGGUUGAAAAAGAAAGAAAAAACAUGAAAUGACAAGAUGAUAAAGCAGAAAAUUUUUCGUUGUAUAGUAACGGGGCGAGUUUAGAUUAUUAGACCUGUAAUUCCUAAUUUAUAUAUUAUAAUCGUUUAUCAACUGUUUUCGGUUGUACGUCCAGCGGCGAGCGACGACGCGCUAGUUAUCGAUAAUGAUGAUUUAUUAUAACGUGUCUACGCCGGAACUGAUUUCCUCUAAUAUCCAUACUGACGCGGGUACGAUUAAGUGCCAAUGCGGUACUUUGAUUUUUGUACAAUUUCACGUCAAGAUUGAGUGUAGUAAUAUUGCAAUUGUACGCAAGCCGACCUCUAUUAUUAUGCUUGAACCGUGAAACUCGCGGGGCUUUAUGUGACACUUUCGUUUCGCUGAUGACUAGUUACUAUAUCACACGCACUCGCGCACACACCCACACACCCACACACCCACACACA